AUGAGAAAAAAAUUCUUCAAAUUUCUACCGUCUUAUAUUAUCAAGAUAAUUUUGUCAGUUGAACACUUUCUGUUCCAAGUCAUUCCUCGAGACAGUUCCAACAUCUCUCACGUGGUUUCAAAAUGGGUAAGUAUACAACCAAAAAGGGACCUGCUCUAUGGAAAACGACUGGAUGAAGUGACUUAUUACGAGACUUGUAUGGCCACCAAAGGUGAUUGUGAGAUCAUGUGGAACGUUAUUGAGCUCAUAUUUCCUCAACUCCAAGAGCUAACGAUUUGGGAUAGAGAUGCUCUUCUCCGAAACUUUCAUCCUAAAUGGUCCAUUUUGGUCUCUGCAAUUGAUUUUGAUAAGAAUCGAGCAAUCUAUGAAGACGUUUGUACAGCAGAGGACUAUUUUAAUAUGAUUGUGAAAUUUUACUCGGCUUCUAUGUAUGAGGGAUGUGAAAUGGACCGAAAUGAUAUUUUGAGAAUCUUCGAACCAAAUCUCCGCUAUUUCGGUGUCAACCUUGCCCUCCCAAUUUGCAACAAGAAAUUCAAUGCCGUUGAACAUAUGGCAAUCGCCUUGAUGACAUUUUUCGACGGAGCCCAUACAAAUCUAAGUGAGCAAUGCUCCAAAAUGUGUUAUGAAAUCAAAAAUGUGAUUAUGCGAGAGCUUAAAGGAUAUUAUAUGGACAGAAAUGUGGAGGAAAUGAGAUUUAUUGAAACUAUCGAUGUUUUACAAUUGAUGGAAAAAGGAGAAGCCAAAUUUCAGGAGGAAUUGUUGCUCUGCGAAAUGCACAAUGUGCAUAUUCAUGAUGACUAUCGAUUAAUGAUUAGGGAACAUAAUUAUUGA